GUGUGAGGGCGGAAGUGCCUCACAGAGGCCUUAGUGAGGGUGGAAGGAGGUUCCAUAGCGGAAGUGGCUCCAGCCAAGAGGGAAACUAGAGUGCCGGUUCGGAGGUGGAUUCUGCCCCGCUGGGCUGCUGCCUUUCGGGUUGUCGCCAUGGAACUCAGCGCCACUUCCCUGCGGGAUAAGCUGCAGCGGGACCUGGAGGCGGACCACGUGGAGGUGGAGGACACGACUCUGAACCGUUGUGCGGCGAGCUUCCGAGUCCUCGUGGUGUCGGCUAAAUUCGAGGGGAAGCCACUGCUUCAGAGACACCGGCUGGUGAAUGAGUGCCUAGCAGAAGAGCUCCCGCACAUCCACGCCUUUGAGCAGAAAACCCUGACCCCAGAGCAGUGGGCCCGUGAGCGGCAGAAGUGAGGGAUGGAGGCCUGCACAGCCGUUAAAUUAAGUACCAGGGCCAGCUUUUGUGUCAGUGUGUUGUGUGUGGGAGUCGCGCUGAGGCUGACUCUAGGGCUUGGCUUCUCGCUGUUUUGUCUCAGUCCUUUGUUUUACCUUGAACAAGUUUGUCUUCCUCCUCUGGGCUGUGUGUCUCUGCUUAUAAAAUGAAAGUUCUGUCCCUAAGUCCUUUCCAGGGCCUGCCUAUUAAACCUCUCUGUGGACCCCUCA